AUGCCUCUCCUCAUCACUGAAAAUCAAUCAGCUUUUGUUUCAGGAAGGCAGAUUCAGGAUAAUAUCAUUGUUGCUCAUGAGUUAUUCCAUUAUUUGAAAGUGCAACGAUCUAGUGAGUCUGGAAGCUUUGCUCUUAAGCUGGAUAUGAACAAGGCUUACGACCGCAUUGAGUGGUCUUUUCUUGAGGCAGUUCUUCUUAAAAUGGGAUUUGCUGGUAGAUGGGUCUCUCUUAUUAAGCAAUGCAUUUCUACAGUAUCUCUUUCAGUAUUGGUUAAUGGAAAGCCAGGGGUGUUCUUCAAGCCUUCCAGAGGUCUUCGUCAAGGUGAUCCUCUUUCUCCUUUUUUGUUCUUGUUCUUGAAUGAUGUGUUGUCUCAGAUUCUUUGCAAACUUACAAUGGUUAAUAUUCUUCAGCCGGUUCAAAUUGGGGACUUGGGGCCAAAGGUUAGUCAUUUGUUUUUUGCAGAUGAUUCAUUGUCCUUUCUACGAGCUACUGUCUUUAAUUGUGAAGUUCUUUCUGAUGUCCUUCACCAUUAUUGUUCAGCAUUUGGUCAGAUUAUCAAUACAAUGAAGUCUAGCCUUUAUUUCUCCCCAAAUACUCAUCCCCACAUAGUGCAAUUAAUCAGUUACAUGUUGAAUAUGAAAGCAGUAAAAGAUCUGGGGAAAUAUUUAGGUCUACCAACCAUUUGGAGUCGUUCAAAAGUUUCAGCUCUUGGGUACAUUCGAGAUACGAUUUUGAAAAAAAUUCAAGGUUGGAAGCAAGGAAUCCUUUCUCCUGCUGGCAAAGAGAUAUUGAUAAAGGCAGUGGCAGCUUCCAUUCCUAUUUAUCCGAUGGCAUGUUUUAAGUUUCCAAAAACUUUGUGCAAUCAGAUUAAUUCAGCUUUAGCUCGUUUUUGGUGGAGUAAUACUUCAGAUCAGGGGGUACAUUGGAAAGAUUGGAAUAGUUUGGGAGCUCCUAAAUCUGUUGGCGGUUUGGGAUUUCGAAGUUUGGAGUCUUUUAACUUGGCUCUUUUGGCAAAACAAGCUUGGCGUUUAAUACAUUCUCCUACUGCUUUAUGGGUUCAAGUGCUACAAGCUCGGUACUUCUCCAAUACUAGUUUCCGGAAAGCUCAUAAAGGAGGAACUCCUUCCUGGAUUUGGUCCAGUUUACUUGAAGGUCGAAAUCUCCUUUUUCAAGGUACUAGUUGGAGAAUUGGAAAUGGUUGUCUCACUGAUAUGUGGAAUGACAAAUGGCUGCCGCAAGCUUCAUAUUCCCUUGCAUCACAUUAUGGUCAACAACCUCCAUUAAUGGUCAAUCAGCUCAUUACGUUGGAUCCUCCCUCUUGGAAUUUAACAUCUGUAGCUCAUAUUUUGUCUGUUUCAGAUCAAGCGGCGAUUCAGGUGAUUCCCCUCGUUGAUACAGGCAAUGAAGAUAAAUUGAUUUGGCCGCAUCAACAAUCAGGUUCUUAUACAGUCAGGUCAGGGUAUCAUUUAGCUCAAGCAACUAUGACUUCAAUUCCCAAAUUAAAAGCUUCUUCUUCACAUUCUGUUACCUCAGCAGUGUGGAAAUGGAUUUGGAACUUGCAAACUCUUCCAAAAAUCAAAAUCUUUAUUUGGAAAGCAGUUAGUAAUUUUGUGGCUACAAAGGGAAACUUGCAUUUUCGGCAUAUAUCUCAGUCUUCUUUAUGUCCUAUUUGCAAUGCUUUUCCUGAAACAAUUGAACAUGUUUUGUUUACUUGCCCUUGGGUAGUUUGUGUUUGGUUUGCUCACCCUUUUGGCAUUCAUGUUCAAUGUUCUCAGAUUACUACGCUGGAUGCUUGGAUUCAACAGCUUAUUAACUUGCGGAGUUCUGUUGCUGAUAUGAGUUAUGGUUUGGCAGCCCUACUUAGAGAUUCUUCUGGUUCUCUUCUUCAUGGUGUAGUCUUUGUUGGUAAAGCAAUUUCGGCAGAAGCUGCAGAGGCUCAAGCUCUUCUUCAAGGUCUCAAGUUGGCUAAGUCGGUUGGUUUGAUCUCUUUCUCUAUGGAAGCUGAUUGUUUAUCCCUCAUAUCAGCUUUGAAAUCCCCUAAAGGAUCUGUUUCUUGGUUUCCUGCCUCUUGGUUUCAGCAAAUUAAGUCUUUGGCAGGUUCUUUUUCUUCUAUUAACUGGUCUUGGAUCAGUAGGGAGGCAAAUGCAGCAGCUGAUACUGCUGCUCACUUUGCUUCAAGUUUAGAGUGUUCUUUGAACUGGGUUCAUAAUCCUCCUUGCUUUUUGCUACAUGUUCUUCAAUCGGAUGCGGUCUCUGCUCCUCCUUGA